UGGGCGGGGCCGACUCAACGCAGGGAAUGUUCCCUCGCAGGUGGGCGAGGGGCCGGGACAGUCUCGCCGACUGCACCGGUGGAACAGCUGCCUGCGUGGCUAUGACCGCCAACCAGCGCCCCGACACCUGGUUCCGAGCCACCCGGCCCGUGUGGAUGGCGGUCAUCGCGGCUGGCAUGGGAUCCUCCGGCUGGGUUGUCAUUUCACCGGCAACAAUUCCGUAUGACUACCUGGGGCCGCUCGGCACCUUCACACAUUAUUUGGUGGAGAAUCACAAACUCUGGCUUAAGGUUGGGUAUGGGAUUGCCUGGCUGAUUCAUAUCUCAGAAGCACUGUACGCGCUCAAGCUGUGCCGGGACAAAGGCAUCACGGAUCCUUUGACCCAGUUUCGAUGGGCUGUUCAAACGCUUCUUUUUGGAAUAGCUUCCCUUUACUACUUGCUGAGUUACAAGCCACCAAGAAAGAAAAGUCAGUGAAGGAUUUGAACAGAAGAAAAACUAAAAAUACAGUCCCGGCUUGGGGUAUUGUUUUCUGCCGAAGGGUGUGGGAACCGCUAACUACUUAUAUGCUUGGGAAAGUUUCCCCACCUUCUAGGGGUGUCUUUUGGUAUUGCAACUUUAGAGGAAGGGAAGAAAGUAGCUUAAGGAACUAUUCUGGGUAAAAAGGAGCUUUUGUUUCAGAGGGACAUGAAGAUUGACUGAUGGCUAGUAUUUCCCACACGCACAUAGACUUGCUGUACCAUUUAUUUAUUUAGUUGUGCUUCAAGGAGCUGAAGGUGGCCUUCAUCAGACCCCACUCAUUUUACCCUCACAACAACCCAGUGAGGUAGGUUAGGCUGAGAGAGAAAGUGGGCUGAGAUCAUCUACUGAGGUUUCAGGGCAGGAUUCAACUCUACAGCAUCUUUGGAGGCCUGCAAUAUCAGGAAUUAUACCUCCUACAACCCAAGAGUCUCCACGCUUACUGAAAGGGAAGUCCCAAUAGAUCCAUUGAGACGUAAUCUGAAGAAAAUGUGACAAGGAUUGCACACUCAAAAGCUUGCAGUCUUUCUCACACUCUUCCCCACGCACUUUAGUCCAGUCACUGUGAAAUAAUAAACGUUGCACUAAACACGCGGCACUACAGCAGGAAUCCUUUUUGUGUCAUGGCAGCUAAUCUCUGGAAUCUGAGGACCAAAGCAGACUUACAGUGCAAUCCAAACACAGUUACUCGUGGGCUUAGACUAGAGGAAAUUUGUGCUGGAUUGCACUGUUAGACAGAAAUCAAGAUCAGCACAAUGCAGUGACGAUCUGGGAGAUCCUCCAGAUGGUUAGAGGAAGCUAACUUUUUGCAGAAGGAAGGAUAUGACUGUAGUCAGGACGACCUCUCCAGACUGUAUCGAGGCGUCUGUAUUUGUUGGAGGCCACGUUGGCAAAGCGGGCCUCCUUCAGAAUUCUCAGCCCAACUUUCUGGGAGCUGCUGCUGAUUCCGGAAGCUCUUUCCUCCUUGGUACAGAGAGGUCCAUGCCCCAGAGUAGAGUCUGAGUGUUCCUUCGUCUCCCUCUCCCACCUUUCUAGCUCCUUGACCUGAAAUAGGUGUUUUCCAUGGCUUAGGGUGUUAUAGCGUUCAGGACCUGGGUUCAGGACCUGUCACAGAUUGGCAGUGAAAUUAUUGUAGAUCUUAGAUAGGUCCACAAGACUGAGCCGAAGUGUGGGUGCUGUAAAAUGUUUGCUCCGUCCAGUUUAUUGUGCUGCUAGUUUUUCGACAGGCAGUCACUGUAAGUCACAUUUUGUUUUGCUGUCCUUUUUACGAUCUGAUCAGUGAGAAAUAUAUAAACCCCAUUGUAAUGUAUAGAGCUGGACUUAAUGACAUUGUAAAACUAUCUUGUUUAUUAGGCACUUCUGAUGCAAACCUAUGUGGAGAUGUAGCUGGUGUUUUGCAAGCAAUACGAGAGCUUUGUCGCGGUGUUAACCUUUAGGGUGUAGUACCGUUUUGUCAGGUCUUGGACCUUUCGUCAAUAAACGGACUCUGGAUUCUG